GGCGUGGGUGUCACUCUACGCAUAGUAAGGUCUCCGUCCAUUGAUCGAUUCGGGCAUUGGGGAGGACGGGAGCCAGACACUUGUAGAGGUCACAGUCAUGGGACAAAACCCACCGUGUUCCGGCUGCCGGAUCGAAGGGAGCGGGACCGUCAACAAGCUCCGGCAGAUUACACUAGGUAACCGGAGCACCUUUACUGCUUAGCUCCCGUUCUCUUCCUUCCACCUUUCCCUUGACGCCCGUUAUCCCUUGAUUUCCACGGGUUGAGCCUGUGUUCGAUUCCACUUUCUCUUCCAACAACGGGCGGGCACUGGACUUCCACAGUCGCUUCGAGCACCCAUCAAGCACCGGCAGUGUCCAGUGCAGCAGCUACGUUACCUCUUACCUCCACUCUACGGACAUCUCGGCAAGGGCGCACGUCAACAAACCCACCUUCACCAGAAGGAACCCUCCGUGCAUCUCUACAUCUAGCUUGCCUCACUAGUACCUACCUACCUCUACCUGGCACCGACCUACCUCGACAAUCUGCCAGUAUCAACUUAUCCAUUGUUGCAAGAACUGCCGGCACUUGACGCUUUUCUCGAUUCCUAUUCGAAUUCCUCACUCGCUUCCAUCCAAUGCUUCGCUGCCGCCGCUAGGUUUAUCAACCCGCUUUGCAUCUUGCAUCAUCCUUAUCGCCCACUCACAGGCAACGUACCUUGCAGAAACGCCGUCACGCCGCCUUGGUGAACAAGCUGAGGAGAACAGCUACCACACCUAGUGAACAUAGUAGCCGCAACAACACAUCAUCUUUACCACCUCGAGAAAGCCUGGCUCCAACCGACGGUGUUGGGCACCUAGCUCCAGCCCCGGCUCAACAUGGAAGCGCCGUCUUCCUUUUCAACCCCCAAGCGCAAACGUCCGUUACCAUUCGAGCCAACAAUCCCCAAUCUCAACCAGACCAGGGCCUUGACUGGCUUGACAGGGGAAUUCACCUUUGAGCUUGGGUUGCCCACAGACACCGAGGACGGCAGCAAGAGUCCACGGACCACUGUGGCACACAGGCUACAGCAGCUCUUCCUCAAUGGCGGGGCCCUCGGCGGUACCUCUACCGGUGGGGUCUUUGGUGGAGGCAUUGCGCCCGCACGAACAUCGACAUUGCAACCACAACAGCCAUUGUCGCAAACCCAACAGCAGUACUUUGGCUACCCAUUUCCACGGAUUUCACGGUCGCAAGACAUGCAGGAAGUUGAGGAAGAUCGUGAGCGACCAGGCGGGCCCCGAAAGCGAGCCAAGCUCCACGAUCGAGACAUUGACAUGACGGGCAUUGCCGAAACCCCAAUGCGGCCUCCCGCUUCGACGAACAAUGGCGGCACAUUUGAAGCUGCCGGAACGGACUCGACUUCUUCCAUGCCAACGCCAUCAACUCCAGUCAGUCAACAAGCAGGCGCUGUCAUCACUCCAAGUGGCCCAUUUCCAAAGCGACGACUGGCGCCCAAGGGCGUUCGGUUCAACAUGGACCCCGCUGAAAACCAACAGGCUGAAUUGGGAGACAACACGAUGGGUACAAGCGGCACAAUCAUCACCCAAACAACAAAGAACAAUGACAUCCCGAUACCAUCUUCCUCUCCCCUCUCAUCGAUUACCAAAGUGGUCGCCAUCCCCAGUUCUACACCAACCCAGAGACCCUUAGCGCCGAAGCCGGCCAACAUCAGCAUGGCUCCGCCGUCAUCGUCGUCAGCAGCGGCCGCAACAAAGAAGCCCCGGAAAUCAAAAUCACCACCCCUCCAACCUCAACCGGCCACAUCGACCUCAACAUCCUCCCCCCACUCACCCACCGUAAUCGAUCCGAUCCGCGCCAGCCUCACCUGGCAAGAUUCCGAAAUCACCGUCUACGACCCGGACGACAGCGACGACGACGGUACCGGUAUCAACGGCAUCGGCUUCAGGCCUACUCCAGAGAUGGAACACGCGCGCAGGAUGAAGCGCAAGAAGCAGCUGGCCGAGUAUCGAAAACGCGAGAUGGGCGAGGCUCGCGCCAGGAGGAAAGAGCGAAGAGCGGGUGCUGACGGAUUGGUGGGCAGCGGCAAUGAAGGUGGUGGAGGCAGUAAUGGCGGACCCAAAAGCAAGGAUGCUAUGGCGACUGCUAAGGGCAAGCUGAAGGCCGAGAAGAGAAUGGUUAGAUUUUUGGAGACGGUGACGAAGACGGUCGUUGAGAUGCCACCGCCGACACCGGUCACGAUGAUGGAGGGUGUGAUGCAGAGUGAGGCGGCAGCUGCGGCGGAGGGUCAGGGACCUAGUGAAGGGGAUGCUAGCGGGAGUGGUAAUACAAGCGUCUCUGGUAUGGCUGGCGCUGGCGCUGACAUUGCCAGGGUUGAGGCUUGACGGGCGGGCCUUUUUCUCUGCUUGUGGCUCUUAAUUGUCCGGCAAGCAAGUUAUGCAUGAUCAACUCAAUGGCUUGCCUUUUUCAUUGGCAUGUUUGGCGUUUGGGUGUAGGGGGGAACUGGUUCGGAUACGAUAAGACGCGAGCAACCGUGACGUGCUGGCGGAAGGGACUAUGGGAAAUUUCAGUUGCGCAUGAAAUACGACGGGUUUGAAUGUAGGAUAUCGCAAGAGAAGGACAGACUCGCACAUGAGUCUUUACCAUGUUCUUUUUUUUUUUUUUUUUCGCAGAGCUGGGGCGCCUCGAGGUUAGGUACUCUAGAGGCAUGCACUUUCUUUGCUUAAUAUCAUUGCUUAACAUG